CUUCCCGGGCCUCCUUCUCCAUCCAGCCAUUGCCAAUCCCCACCUCCUACCAGCUCAAUCACACUUCACACCAGUACCAAGCAAGGCAGCCUCCAUGGACGCGGUGGAGUCAUCGUCGCCCUACUCCCCGCCCUCGCUGCGCCACAAGCUGCGCACCACCGUCUCCAGCUGCUUCGGCUCAUCAUCGUCGCCGGUAAGCGGCGGGGUGAGGCCGCACACCGGCGGCGGCAGGGCCAGGUGGAGGCGGCGCGUGGCGGUCGCGGGGGAGUUCAGGUACGACCCUCUCAGCUACGCGCUCAACUUCGACGACGGCGGCAGCGACGACGGUGACGCCGACGGGGAGGUCGCCGCCUUCCGGCACAGAAACUUCAGCUCGCGCCUGCCGCCCUCGCCGGUGCCGGCCUCCCGAGCCGUGGCAAUCGCCUGAACUGAAUUCUAACUCGUAGUAGCAGCAAACGUCCUUUCUAACUUUCUGUAGCUUCUGUCUCUCUGAUUUUUCUUCUUGUAUGAACGAGACGAAUCACUACAUCUGUAAAAGCAGUUUAUACGGCCGCGGAAACGUACGUACCGAGGAGUAGCAAUAGCAUCAUGUACUUAUAUACACAUAAGAAUCAAAAUCAGUCCAUUCUUAAAGUUC